AUGAAUAGAAAUCAAUCCAGAUAAUAGUCAGCAGCUUAACCAACAUAAUAAGCAUCAAAAACUCAACCUCCUCCCCCAGCUUAAGCACCUGCUAAAGGAAAGGGUCCUGCUCCUGCUUAAUAGGCUGUUUAACAACAACCAGGAGGAUUUGAUGCAUCCAAAUAUGUUAAGCCAGGACUUAGCAAGGAGGAAGUUUUAAAAAUAAAGGAGUGUUUUGAUAUCUUUGAUGAUGACAAGAGCGGAUCUAUUUCUCCAAAUGAGAUGAAAAAUGCCAUCAUCGCAUUAGGAAUGGAAUAAUCAGCAGAAGAAAUAGUGAACAUGAUUCAAGAUUUGGAUUAAGAUGGAUCUAGCUUGAUUGAUUUUGAAGAAUUUCUUAAUAUAUUUGGAUUUUCAGGCACAAUAGAAGAUGAACAAGUGCUUGAGAAGUUAUAUUAAGAAUUCGAUUCCUCUGGAUAAGGUAAAGUAGCUUACGAGGAUUUCAAGAGAAUUAAUGAUUUGGUUUCAGAAAGAUAUACAGAUCAAGAGUUAAGAGAAAUGGUUGAAUAUGCUGAUAAAGAUAAAGAUGGAUCAUUAAGUUGGGACGAAUUCAAAGCUGUUGUUCAAAAAGAAUACCCAAAUCAAGCAUGAUUAUGAUAAAUAAGAACAUAAUAUAUUUUCAUUUAUCUAUUUUUCCAA